ACAAAAAUCAUCAACAACUAUGGUCCGGAUCAUUUUAUUUUUUUUUCAAUUCCAAGCUUUAGGCUCUUCGUUACCAUCGAUCUCCUUCCCUUCUCUUCUCUUUUCUUCUCUUCUCUUCAAUUACUACUAUGUCUGUCUUCCUCUCAUCUCUCUCUUCUUUUUUCAUCAAAUCAAAUCGCUGUUUGAUCAGUUUGUAGCUCAACGGCUUAACCAUGGUCUCUCUCCACUAUUUCUCCAAUGCAUCAACAACAGCACCACCGCGGCAGAAGCUCGUCUUCUCCUCACCGCCCCCUUCAUCAUCUUUUCAUGUUAACCUCUGCGGCGGCGGCCGAAUCUCAGCCCCCCGCCGCACGGCGGUACUGAUGUCCGCCUCCGCCUCCUCGUCUUCAUCCACCGCCCAUCAUCAUCAGAAAGGGUGCAGAAUAAUCGGGUGCGGCUCAGCCGUGCCCAGUCUGAGAUUAUCCAACCACGAUCUCUCCCAAUUCGUGGAUACUAACGACGAAUGGAUCUCCACCCGGACCGGAAUCCGAAACCGAAGAGUUCUUUCAGGCAAAGAAAGUUUAACCUCGCUAGCAGUAGAGGCAUCAAGGAAAGCACUAGAGAUGGCAGGGGUUGAUGCAGGGGAAGUGGACUUGGUUCUGCUGUGUUCAUCCACACCAGAUGAGCUUUUUGGCAAUGCCCCACAGAUUCAGCAAAUGUUGGGCUGCAAACAAUCCCCAUUGUCUUUUGAUAUCAGCGCUGCUUGUAGCGGCUUCAUCAUCGGCUUGUUCUCUGCUUCUUGCUAUAUCAAAGCGGGAGGGUAUAAGAACGUUCUUGUGAUCGGGGCUGAUGCCAUUUCCCGGUUCGUGGAUUGGUCUGAUCGAGGAACUUGCAUCCUCUUUGGUGACGCUGCCGCUGCCGUUUUGGUUCAGGGGUGUGAAGCAAGUGAAGACGCCAUGUUUAGUUUCGACUUCCACAGCGACGGUGAUGGUCUACGGCACCUAUCUUCUCCAAUAAAAGAGGAUAAAGGAUGUGCGGCGUCCGAGGAGGAGGAAAAUGGUGUUGGGUUCCCGCGGAAAGGAGGAUUCUCUUACUCGUGCCUCCAAAUGAACGGGAAAGAGGUGUUCAAGUUUGCGGUGCGGGUGGUGCCCCAGUCGAUCGAGGCGGCACUGGCAAAGGCCGGCCUCUCUCUCCACCACGACAUCGACUGGCUGCUUCUUCAUCAGGCGAACCGGAGGAUCAUCGACGCGGUGGUGUCGCGAAUGGACUUCUCUCCGGACAAAGUCAUAUCCAACCUGGAGAACUAUGGGAACACCAGCGCCGCUUCUAUUCCCUUGGCGCUGGACGAGGCGGUUCAGGCCGGGAAGGUAAAGGCCGGAGACACCAUUGCCGCCGCUGGUUUCGGUGCCGGUCUUACUUGGGGCUCUGCAAUCAUAAGAUGGCGCUGAAACCCCCCGCCGCCACUAGGCAUCACCAUAAGAGAUGUAUCCUCCGCCGGUUUGGAAUUUUGGUGUAUGGUUUUGGAUUUUGUAUUACCUUCAUUACCAUUGAUUUUGCAUUUUCAAUUACAAAAAAUUGCAGUGUCUCGU